GAGGCUGUGAGCACGCCAUGUCACAUAAGGAACCUAUUUCCAUUCACUGCUAUCGGAGACAAGAUCCCACUGGAAUUAUGGAAGGAGUCUGGUAUCUGAAGAGUCCAAGCGGAAGAAAAUUCGAGAGCAGGGUGGAUGAGGGAAUAUUUGUAGGAUAUGACAAACAGGUCAAAGGUUAUAGAGUUUACCUGCCGAAGACGAAGAAGGUGAUAAUAUCCUGUCAUGUCAGGCUCGAGGAGAACACGUUCCCCUACAAGAACGCUAAAGUGGAGAUGAGCAAUAUAAAAAGUAGGUCCUCAGAAUGGAUAUGGGAUGUAGAAGCCUUUGAACUUGGAAGGGGAGUUGGCCAGACUGACGUCGAAACACAGAGUGAUGGCGAAAACGACGAAGGGGAGACUGACUACUUUAUGGAUAAUUUAACGAGUGAGAAUAAUCCAGUGGAGGCUGUGAGUGUACCGAUUGUGCCCAGGAGGUCGGCAAGACGGCACAAACCGAAAACAUGUGAUAAUUGUGCUCAUACUGCGACCGUUUGUAAACUCAAAACUUGUGUGUACCUGUGAAUGUGUACGAAGCCCUGAGGGGACCAGAUGCUCAAAAGC